GCGCGCGACGAGAUCACGAAAGUUACGACGAUACGGAAACUGUACACCACUGUAAAACAGCCUGUGCGCCGGGAGUCAGCAGCGGAACGACGGGGAUACAAGUACUCGUGCGAAGAGAGAGCAAGGAACCAACCACCGGGACUGUCGAUCGCGAAAGGAUUCUAAGUUUUUAAGGUUCGUAACGUUUUGCCGCUGCGAAUUGUGACUCCUGGAGGUGGGAUUCGGGAUUCAUAUUUUUAUCUUUUCUUUUCUUUCCUUUCGCCCGUUCAUUUCCACCCUAGAGCUUAUACGGUAGCCUUGGAUCUUCUUGUCAUUGCUACUCCUACCGCCGCGGUCCAUCGAGAGUCCUCCCCUGCCAACUCGAUUCGCAAUUAAUCGUUACUUGGGCAAAAGUGCGCUGGUACUUGCCUUCGGUGGCUUUGUUCCACACCAUCCCUCUCUUGUUUUUCUUUUUUUCUCUUACCUUUUCCCGUUAGGACUUUUCCCUCUUCCCCUCACCAUCCCACCCCUAUCUCCCACCCUCUCUUCACAACCGCCUUUCUACCCCCCUACGCCGCCACCCCUCUUUUCUCACCACUUCAAUUGUUCUUUCCCUUUCAUCACUUUCUUCAGCACGUAUCCCACCACUGGUCCGUUCCACCUUUCUCCUCAUUCCCAUAGCCGUUAAUACCACGUCCCUCCCUCCCAGCGCCUCAACCUUAACUCUCUUUUCGGACAACGAAAAAGUGCCCAUUCAUUUCAAAACUCAAUUUGUUAUCGCAGAAACAACCAACCGGUUUCCAUGGCUUCGCAGCUUUCGCCAUCGCCAACGCCUGCUGGCGAUAGCGGGUAUGCAGGAAGGAAGCGCGGGGAGUCCUCUAAUGACUCCAUGCCGUUGGAUACCACCCCAGAGAUCACUGAAACCGAUUGUGAAGUCUGGACAUCCGGGAAGAGAAAGCGCACAGUCAUGAGCACGGUCGAAGUCAAUGUUCCAGCAAAGCGCACCAAGGCCGCCAUCACCAUCAGGGCUACCAGGACGGCUAAUGGCAAGGCCAAGGGCAAGAAGGCCUCACAACCCGCGGCAAAACUUGCCGUGCCGGAGGAACCUGCCAUACCAGGUGAUGUCGGGGAUGUUGUCGCACCAGAAGGUCUCGAGGAGAUGACCGAAACCGUGGAUAAUGACGAUUUCUUAGACGAAGAGGAAGAGCAGAAUUUGACUGUGGUUCGCAAUGUAACUGAGUCGUGCUUCCUGAAAGGCGUUGCCAUUCCGCGAUUGAUGUUUCCAAAAUCGCAGUAUGAAGGGUUUGAUUUCGGAAUGCCCGUCGAAAAAGAGCCUGAAGUCCUUACAAAGCUUCUAGUAAGUCUUCCUCCCACCCCUCGCGUCACCUGAGGCGGCCCGUGUUAACACCACGCAGAAAGCCGAGGCAGUUGGGGCAGGCGAUAAAACCGUGUCUGAAGAUGACUUUAGCUGUUUCUCCCUUGAUCGCUUCACUAUAUAUUACCCGACUCGUAAGCGCCUGAGCGGCGAAAUGACACUGCUCAGUAACUUAAAUGUCCAUCGUGGCGACAAUCUCCUCUUGUUUGAUGGAGUGCUUAGCGACGGCGCUGGAGAAAGUUACUAUGUAGAAGGUGUUGCGUUCGCCCUCCUUUCAGUUGGGAACUAUGAGAGAAAGGAGACCCAUGACGUCUCAGGCAAGAUCUGGAUCCAGACUCCUAGUGCAAAAGAGAACAAUGCCUGGUACGAGCUGAAGAAUCCAUCCGAUGAGUAUUCCGAGUACUGGGAAGCGUUCGUUUGGCUAGCAAACUUGUCCAAGCAUGUCAUGUGAGUUUCCCCACAUUGUGUCCAUCCAAUCGCUUGUUGACCAACCGAUCUGCGGCGUAACCGAUAGAGACUUUCUGGUUGAAAAGUGCGAUUUUGAAAAGCGCGAUAUUGAAAAGCCGGAUAUUGACAAGCCGGAUAUUGAAAAGCCAGAUAUUGAAAAGCCGGAUAUUGACAAGCCAGAUAUUGAAAAGCCGGAUAUUGACAAGCCAGAUAUUGAAAAGCCAGAUAUUGAAAAGCGCGAUGUUGUUUUGCUAGAUUUCAAAUCCGAUUUCAUCGACUGGCUUAAGGUCCACCACUCGGAAUCCGGUGCCUUCCAAAAGUGGCAUGCAAUGUAUGGAAAGGAUGAUUUUCGCCAGGCCAUAGCCGCCCAUUGCGACUGGUUAUGGAACCAAGCCUUCAAUGGCUCCACAGGUUUGAAUGAAUGCAAGCUCUGGAAGGAAGUGAGAGAUCUUGGCGUCAUCGACCCCGUUCGGGAAACCAUAGAGAGGAAAACAGUAGUUACUCCCUGGGUCCACGAGUGUUUCGACCAUGUGUUCGGUGAGAAUUUGAAGAAGGUUGUUCCCCCACCGAAAGAUAUUGGAGCAACUUUCGAGGCUGUCGCUAUCCCUAUUGCCAGACGCAUGAAGCGCGACAAGACCGGGAACAUCCUACGCACAAAGAUCACCUCUGUUGAGCCAGGCACUGUCGUAGCGCUUGAGCGGGAAGGGACUGAGUGGAGCAAGAAAAUCGUGGUUUGGUAUGCAUACGUGCACGGGAUUGAUAAAGAGUCUGAUCUGGGGCCGGAAUUGAAAGUCAUAUGGUUGUACGCGCACGAAGAUACCAUUCUUGCGAAGGGAAAAUAUCCACACCACAAUGAGGUAAGAUAAAUGCAGCUGAUAUAUGGCCCUGAAGCUGGAAAAGAGGGACUGAUCGUGAGCGGUAUAGUUGUUCUUCAGUGAUCAUUGUAAUUGCAAUGAGAAACCAAUACAUCUCAGUGACUUGAUCGGAAUUGUCCCUGUAGACUUCAUGGUUGGCCCCGGUGUGUCUGGGAAAGAGUUCUUUAUUCGCCAAAAGUACCGCACUUCGGAUCCUGCGUUCAUGACCUUGACAAAGGCCGACUUGAUAUCGUGCACCUGCGGUCCAGGAAUCACCUGCUACGAAGAAGUCAGAUUAAGCUUUGAAGUUGGCGAUACCGUCCUGCUAGGAAGCAAGAAGCAGGACCGCGAUUCACUGGACCCCGUCAUGAUCCAUGCGUUCAAUGACAAAGAAGGGAUGAUUGCAGUCCGUCUCUUUGAGAGGAAAAGCCGGUACGAUCCGAAGGCUAGGCCGAACGAGAUUUUAUGGACUCCGGCCGUAAAGCCCGUAGGUCCAGAGUUCAUCUACAGACGUUGUCACGUCCAGUUUGUCUCCGAGACAGAUGUUCAAGCCGGGAAGAUCCCGGCGCCGUACGGCCGUGAUGGAACUGGUGACUGCUUUAUCAUGAGCGCAGUCAUAGAUACAGAUCGCAAGAUCAAGCCGUAUGCCCAUGACAGUUUCCCAAAAACUCUGAGGGAGGGGUAUUGUAUCGACUCCCCGUUGCCCAACGAUAAGCCGCGCAUGAAGGGCAUGGAUCUCUUCUGCGGCGGUGGCAGCUUUGGAAGAGGUCUUGAAGAGGGUGGUGUCGUUGACAUGAAGUGGGCCGUUGAUAUCGAUGUUCCGGCGAUGGCUACAUAUCGCGCAAACCUCCGCAACCAAGAUACCGCGUUGUAUCUGGGAAGUGUGAACAACUAUAUGGAGGACGCAAUUCGUGGGAAGUAUAGCGAUUUGGUCCCUCAUCCUGUACGUUACCCGCUCCAAACGCAAACUAGCCCCUCCUAUCGUUCCUAACUUGUGAUGUAGAACGAGGUCGACUUUAUCAGUGCUGGUAGUCCUUGCCAAGGUUUCUCGAAUGCAAACCAACUUAAGAAUAACGAUACCGGAUUGAGGAAUUGCUCCCUCGUAGCCUCAGUAGCUACAGCUCUGGACGUUUUUCGUCCCAGGCACGCCCUGCUCGAGAACGUGGGCGGACUCGCGAGCACAAGGAAACUUAGCACUGGGGUGGAGGUUAAUGUGUUUGCUCAGCUUGUCUGCUGUGUCGUCGGGAUGGGCUAUCAGAUCCAGCAAUUCACUCUCGACAGCUGGUCUUUCGGGAGUGCGCAGUCAAGAAGUAGACUCUUCUUAAGCAUCGCAGCCCCUGGAGUAAGUCUGCCACCGCGCCCAACUCGCAGUCACGACCACGGAGUAGUCGUAAGAAAGAGAGGCCUCUUCACGGCCCCCAAUGGGGACAAGUUUGGCGAGAGAGAGAUCGAGGGUCCCUGUCCAUACAACCUUAUCACCUUUAAGAAUGGGAUGCGAGGCCUUCCAAAUCUCGGCACUGGGCACGUUGGAGCAUGCAUCCCAUUCCCCGACCACCGCCACUCCCGCACAGAGAAUAAUCUGACGAGGACUUUGAUCUCCCACGUUCCCAAAUUCGGGCAGAACAGAACAUGGAGAAAAGCGCUGGAUACAGGCGCGAUGCCAAUGCUCUUUGGCAAUAAGGUUACCAACAAAACUAAGCUCGCCCCUCACUGCCGCUCCUGGUCUAGACUUCAUGAAGAUGGUCUCUGUCGUACAGUGACUACCCAGUUGACCCCUCAAUGCGCCUUCACAGGCACCUGGCUCCACCCGAUGGAGGAUCGUCUCAUUACCGUCAUGGAAGCCCGCCGUGCGCAAUCGUUUCCGGAUGAUGAGGUCCUCCUCGGGAAUAAUGCACAGGCAUUCAAAAUCGUCGGGAACAGCGUUGCUAGAUCUGUUGCCCUCGCCUGGGGAAUUUCUAUGCGCUAUGCCUAUCUAGAGCAGCAUAAUAUCCUUAGAAGAUAAAAGAUGUAAGUACAUCUGUCUUCAAUGUUCCCAAUCAAUUAAUGGGAGUGCCAAACUAUCGUGUCGGCCAUAUAGUUCCUCCUUUCUCCUCGACUGUCUUGUUGUUUUAUCCUAGUAAUUCUCUGUUUCAUACCGGGGUUCUAGCAUGGGUUUGGCGCUGGUUAAAAGCAUACAUUAGUUCUUUCCUAUUGUUGGCUUGUCUGUAUUCUUUUCCCUUUUCCCUUCCAAUUUUUCUUAAACCUCAUACCGGCCCCCCUCGAUUUCCUUUGCUUCGACUUGAUCUCAGUCGGCCAUGCUGUAAUAUUGAUGGGGAUAGGAUAGGGUGUCAAGGGAUGGGGUAAUAGGGGAUUGGACUGAAGGAUUGUAUCUGUAACGAGAGAUGACCGGCGAAAACGACAUACACCAGCAUCGAAUGGAUGCUUAGUUC